AUGCCAAUUUUAAAUAUAACAAAACCUUUUAGUUCAUCAAAUGCUAAAGGAACUACAUAUAAAUUACAAUCAGAAUUACCAAAAUUACCAGUUCCAGAAUUACAAGAAACUGCUUCAAAAUAUAUAAAAACAAUUGAACCAUUUUUAAAUUCAAAACAAUUAGCUGAUUCAAAAGCUAAAAUUGAAGAAUUUAUACAACCUGGAGGAAUUGGUGAAGAAUUACAAAAAAGAUUAAAUUCAUUUGCUAAAGGAAAAGAUAAUUGGUUAGCUGAAUUUUGGGAUGAUUAUGCUUAUAUGUCAUAUAGAGAUCCAGUUGUACCUUUUGUUUCUUACUUUUUUUCACAUAAAGAUUUAAAAAAUAUUAUUGGACAAGAUCAAUUAUUAAAAGCUACUUUAAUUGCUUAUUAUACUAUAGAAUUUGCUGAAAAAGUUCAAAAUGAAACUUUAGAACCAGAAGUUAUAAAAGGAAAUCCAUUUUGUAUGAAUGCUUUUAAAUAUAUGUUUAAUAAUUCAAGAGUUCCAGCUGAAGGUUCAGAUAUUACUCAACAUUAUGAUCCUUUAGAAAAUCAAUUUUUUAUAGUUAUUUACAAGAAUAAUUUUUAUAAAGUUCCAACUCAUAAUUCCAAAGGUGAAAAAUUAUCAAAAGGUGAAAUUUAUAGUUAUUUACAACAAAUUAAAAAUGAUCCAACUCCAAAAUCAUUACCAAUUGGUUCAUUAACUUCAUUAAAUAGAGAUGAAUGGUUAUCUGCUUAUAAUAAUUUAUUAAAAUCUCCAAUUAAUGAAGCUUCAUUAACUGAUAUUUUUGCAUCAGCUUUUGUUAUUUGUUUAGAUGAUAAUGUUCCAGUUACAAUUGAAGAAAAAUCUAAAAAUUCAUGGCAUGGAGAUGGUCAAAAUAGAUUUUUUGAUAAACCUUUAGAAUUUUUUAUUAGUGCUAAUGGUAAUUCUGGAUUUUUAGGUGAACAUUCAAGAAUGGAUGCUACACCAACUGUUCAAAUGAAUAAUACUAUUUUAAAACAAAUUUCUCAAACUAAUCCUGAAGAAUUAAUUCAAGAAAUUUCUUCAGUUACUCCAAAAGUUGGUAAAGCUGAUAUUUUAUCAUUUGAUAUAAAUCCAACUACAAGAUCUAAUAUUGCUUCAGCUAUUUUAAAAUUUAAUGAAACUAUUGCUGCUCAUGAUGAAGAAAUUUUCCAACAUUAUGGUUAUGGUAAAGGUUUAAUUAAAAAAUUUAAAUGUUCACCAGAUGCUUAUGUUCAAAUGUUAAUGCAAUUAGCUUAUUAUAAAUUAACUGGUAAAGUUAGACCAACUUAUGAAUCUGCUGCUACACGUAAAUUUUUAAAAGGAAGAACAGAAACUGGUAGAACUGUAUCAAUUGAAUCUAAAAAAUUUGUUGAAACUUGGACAAACCCAGAUGCAACUAUUGAAGAAAAAGUCGCUACUUUCCAAGAUGCAACAAAACAACAUGUUGCAUAUUUAUCACAAGCUGCUGAUGGUAAAGGUGUUGAUCGUCAUUUAUUUGGUUUAAAAUCAAUGUUACAACCAGGAGAACCAAUACCUGAAAUUUUCACUGAUCCAAUUUUUAGUUAUUCACAAACUUGGUAUAUUAGUUCUUCACAAGUUCCAUCAGAAUAUUUCCAAUCUUGGGGUUGGUCACAAGUUAUUGAUGAUGGAUUUGGUUUAGCUUAUUUAAUUAAUAAUGAUUGGAUUCAUGUUCAUAUUUCAUGUAAAAAAGGUAAUGGUUUAAGUUCUGAUAAAUUAAAAUGGUUUUUGGUUGAUAGUGCUAAUGAAAUGCAAGAUGUUUUAGUUAAAGGUUUAUUAGGUGAUAAAGCUAAAUUAUAG